CUCCGCCCCUCUCUCCUAUCAUCUGAAACCAGUUCCGUAUUCGGCGCUACUUUCAUCGGCGCGUACAUCGUACCGUCUCGACCAUGGAGCAUUGAACUGGAAGACACCCACAGUGCCACUGAGAAAAUGCUGCACACUUGAUAUCUCGCCAGUGGGGAAGCUUGAAUUAAGAUGAAGCGACUAAAGGGGGAAACCCAGCAGUGUGGAGCAUUCCGGAAAGUGCUGUGAACUCUGACCUUCAGGCCCCAUCCGCCAUCAUUCCAUUCCUCCUUUGACCUAACCCUCCCAAUCGUCACCCUGCUCUGGUCCAAGAUGACCUCGCAGAGAAAGCACCUGGUCAAGGAUUUCAACCGCUUUAUCACAUGCCACGUGUGUAAAGGAUACCUGAUCAAGCCCACCACAGUGACAGAGUGCCUGCACACCUUUUGUAAAAGCUGCAUUGUCCAACACUUUGAUGAUAGUAACGACUGCCCCGAAUGUGGCAUCCAAGUCCAUGAAACCAACCCUCUGGAGAUGCUAAGGUUGGACAACACUUUGGAGGAAAUCAUUUUCAAACUAGUGCCGGGGCUCAGAGAAAAGGAACAACAGCAGGAGAUUGAGUUCUGGCGGAGUCGAAAGUCGAAAGAGAAUGGAGAAGAAGAUGGCUCCCGUUCUAAGAGGUCCAGGCUGGAUGACGAUGAUGAUGAUGAUGAUGGCGGGGAUGGAGACUACCACAGGAGUGACCCUCAGAUAGCCAUCUGUCUGGACUGUCUACGCAGCAACAGCCUGGUGGGAGAGAACAUUGUCAGGGGCUUAAUGAAGAAAUUUAUACGCUGCUCAACUCGGGUGACAGUCGGAACAAUCAAGAAGUUUCUCAGUUUGAAGUUAAAGCUACCAAGUUCUUAUGAGCUAGAUGUCCUAUGCAACGGGGAGAUCAUGGGUAAAGACCACACCAUGGAAUUCAUCUACAUGACACGGUGGAGACUUCGCGGUGAAAACGCCUACCCAAUGGUUCUAGAAUAUCGCCCACGGAUAGACUUUGGUUGACUGAAGGAGAUGUUGGGCAGGUCCUGCACUAACGGCCCAUUGACAGACUAUACAAUGAAUGGAUGUCCCUGGCUUGAGACAAGGACCACCACGCGUCUUCACGCAUCAUCUGCAUGCAGUAAUCCGUUAUUGCUUGUAAUCUCAUUCUGUUCCCCGUAUGCUGUCUUCCAGCUUCAUUGUUUUUCGUUUCAUUGUUCAAAAACCCCACAAGGCUCGAAGACCAGGCCUGAUAUCCUGAAGUAUUAAUUCUCAAAGAUGUACCGAGAUGUCAUGGACGAACGUGUGACGACAUGCCCUUGGUCCUCAGCACUUUGGCGUGUUCAUAAUAAUAGGAGGUGUGAUUACUAGUAUUCCACUGCUACGCCACACAAGAAUGAUAUCCCGAGACAAACGUGAACACUGGCAGAUGGUCCAUUAUAAUUUACCUUAUCUAUGCUGGAUUUAGUGUCUUACAUGUCUCCCUUCCCAGAUAACGGUCAGUUCUGGGACAUAUCUUUACAUCAUCGGCCAGUGCUGGUGCAUGUGGGCCAGAACUGUGCCAGAUACUCAAGAUAAGGGGCCACAUACUUAGUUUUUUUUCUGGAACCUUAUGCAUUGGCCCACGGCCCAAAUCGGGGCGAACAUCCGGCCGUUAUCUUGAGCACCAACACUGGCCAAUGAUGUACUGAUAUGGGCCAGAACUGACCGUUUUCUGGGAUUCCUUACUCCUGCUUUUAAACAAUUAACUAAAGUAGUGCCUUUCCUCACUUGCCUCUCUUUUAAUACCCUCCAAAAUCCAAACUGCUCUUUGUAUGAAUUCCCUUGGUUAAGAGUAGAGUUAAAAUGAUACAAAAAACUGUUUAUAUAUAUAUAAGUUCCAUAACCCUUCCUAAAUAACCUAUAUUUGUCCAUUCCAUCCCCUUCAGUUGUUAUUACCCACAUGCAAUUUAAGUUCUGCAAGACUACAUUUGCUGGAAGAAGGUUGGAAACAGCAGAUUGUUGCCUACACUGUUUGAUUUGUGUAGCUGUCUGUGCAUCAUGUACAACGUAUUGGCCGGUGAGCUUGACUUGCAUAGUGGAGAUUUGUAUAGACAUUUUACUACUAAAUUGUAUGUCAGACCUGCUGAAUGGCUUAAAAGGAAUGGAUGGUCGUUGCUGAAUGAAUGAGUCAUUAUACAAAUGCUCCAAGUGCUAUUUGUGACUUCGCAUAUGAGGGUUUACUCGAAGAUUUCUUACAUUUUCCCCAAGAGUCACAAAUCGAAGUCCACAUAACUGUCCUUUGCAGGCAGGGUUUGUCGACAUGUACAUUACAUUUAUUUAUAAAAGCAAAAUUGUGAAAUAUUGUAUCAUAGUCCAGGCCCCUUUAAGACUCAUAAUGUUUCAUCUGUAGGUGCUGUGAAACAAGAAAGGAUGUCAAAUGAACCCUUGUUGCCUCUUUGGAAUAAGUAUUAAUUGUAUUUCAGUAACAUUGGUUUAACAUUUAUUCAUAAUAUUAGAAUGUACAAACAAAUCUGAAAAAAGAACACUUAUUUGGCAUAAUCUAUGUAUUGUUGAACAUAAUAUGUUCUACAAGCAUAUUGAAGUUUAGUAGUGGCAUCCUUGCUAUAGAACAUUUUGCUGGUGUUUUGCAGGAUGUGCAAUGAUAAAAAUGUAAAGCUUAUUUAAAUCUAAGGUGAUCUUUUAAAAGCACCAAGCUGACCACCACAGUCUAGGUUUGUACCUUGAUUUUGCCACUAGAUAAUGAGUGGCUGGGAAAUGGGCCAGUAUGGCCUAGGAAGUGGAGAGGCAUUGUCAGUGUGGGUUUACUGGUGUCUUCCCACUGUGGUGACGCCAGCAUUUUUGGGCACUUGCUCAGGUUGUCAGAUUAGUGAGCGUGCCCUCAAAUGCGUGGGUCGAUUUGACCGCUCAAUGGAUUUAUUUGCAUGGAAAUCCAAGAACUGAAGAAUCACUCAAACCAUUUCUUCAUACUCUCCUCAAAACACCAAAGAAUAAUAAGAGCAGAAAGAGGCAACAAUUGUUGCAUUUAAGAUGUUCAAGAUUGAUAUAGUAAUCCUAACACGUUGAGGGGAAAGGUUUUUAAUAAUCUAAAUCUGUGAGAGUACAGAAAUCUUGGUAGGAAAAUUCAUAAAUAAGACAUACAUUUCUAUCUGGGCCGAAAUGUACACAACUUUAGAAAUCUCCACAAGCAAAACUUUUAGUACAAGCCUUCCUACCAUUCUGGUCUACUUCAUACAUGCUUUACAUGUUUGCAAUGGUAUCUCUUACUUUCCCUAAAAAACAUGCUACAGUGGUUUUAAAUGUUAGAAAAAUAAAUGUUUAGGCCGAAUAAUCCUUGAAAUGUCCCUGUGCUGCAAUGAACAAUAUGUAUUUUUGUAACAAGAAUCACUUGUAGAUAUUUUAUCUUUAAAAAUGAAAUUUUAUGUUGUAUAUUUAACAAAUGUAAAAUGCUGCUUAGAAUAAUCUAUUCUAUUUUUAAAUGUAAAUGUGCCUGAUAAGGAUUCAUAGAGACAUUAGAACUGUACAUAUGUAAUAGCUGCUCUAUGUAUGUGAUAUGAUUACAAAAAUACCAAACUCA